AUGGCUGCCCACAGCCGCCUUCACCAGGCCCGUCUCAUCGUGGACUGGCUGAGACGACUGGACUGGACUCUGCUGCAUCAGCAAAAUUUCUGCCUGACCACCAGGUCUCACAGAUCCAUUCCCCGCAUGGCCAUCCUCAAGCUAGACGUUUCACUCGCCCAGGACCGGAGGGUUGACAUGCCCUUCACGAUCCUCCUCCAAAGCACCCAGCCUUCCUCUGCCAUCACACUCUGCGAAUGCGUACACCAUGACCCCUGGCCUACGCUGGUCGACGGCCAGCACUGGGAUGGCACCGGCCUUCUCACCCGCGUCCAUCAGCAGCAGAGCCCCUUUGGCAGUCACUUCAACGUCAAGGCGCUCAUCCACGAGAUUGAGCAGGCCCUCGGCGCGACCAUUGAGGACGUCCCGCUCGUCACCCACGGCGCCAACCACUUUGGCUUCCGCGUCCGUCUUCAUGACCAGCGCAUCAUCGUGGCGCGCGUCUCGCGCGGUGACCUGAACAAGACUGGGUUCGACGCGCAUGCCAUGGUUGCACAGAUGAUGCAUGACCGUUUCGAGAUCGACGCGUACGAUGUCUUGUCGGUUUUGGGGUACCCCUUUGACUGCCGCCCUCUGCAUCAUCGGGACCCCAUUCGCUCGGGCAGUGAUUUCUAUCAGACGAAUCAAGGUCGACGACUGUUUCUGUUCCAGAAAGCCGGCGGCUUCACGUACGACUAUCCAAGAUGGAGAAUCUUAAACACCCGUCAGAAGGUGUGGGAGCGAAGUCUUGGGAAGCCCAUGGAAGACUGCCCGAUCACCAUCCAGCCGAGCCGCGCAUUCUGCAUCGCCCUCUUGACAGCCAAGAUCGAGGCCGCUCUGGGUCACCGCGGCGGAGAUAUCGAUCUGGACAAGGGGUUUCACUCGCUCACUCCCGAAAUGGAGGCGGCGCGAGAGGCGCUCCUCCGCUUGGUCCCCCGCGUCCUGCCCCGGUCGACGACUCGGCUCUCAGAGGAGAAGAUGUACCGUUUCGUGCUCGACCACGGUGAUUUUGGCGUGCACAACAUGACAAUUGACAAGGACGAGACGCGUCAACCAUACGUCACCUCGGUGUACGACUGGGAGGGCGGCAGCGUGGUGCCCGCCAUCCUGUCGGAGCCCAAGAUGGUGACCACUGUCGACCUUGUCAUCGAUGGAAGAGGCAAGCCCUCCAUCAGCCGCUGGGGCGACGGUGACACGCCCAACAAGAUGGCCCAGUAUAGGAGGUGGACCAAACACUACUACAAGGUCCUGUUCGCCGAAGCCCCUGACUACAAGCGCAUCAUCCAUGCCGGCCUCGAUGCACGCCGCAUCUGGUUCGGCUUGAGAGAUGGUCGGGCGGCCAGUAAUCCGGACGCAUACUUCGAGCAGCUUGGGGGCUGGGCCAGAAAGAGGAAUCGCGAGCUGGAUCCGGAGUUUGACUGGAUGGGCAUGAUCUGCGCUCGCUCUGUUGCCAGGGAUCGCAAGGCCGAGAUGGCCAUGGCCGGAGUCGGGAAACAACAGUUGGGUAAGAGCGGCACUGAUCUCAAGAGUCAAAUUGACGAUGCAUCUUGA